UUAAUAACUAUUGAAUAAGAACGUGUCUGGAAUAAAACAAGUUUAAAUUUUUUUGUUUAUAAACUUGUACCUUUUCAUUGUAAUCAUUAAAAUAUUGUUUAUAAAGUAAAUUUUUUCUUGAAUAAGAACUAGUCUGCCUGUGGCUUUCAAACAACUUGUUAUCUUAACACAUUUACGUUAAGCGUUUAAAUAAUUAGGCAUAAAAUUAUAUAAUUGAAUUCGUUUUUUUUUUUAUAUUUUGAGCUUUAUGCAAAUUUAGAAUAAUAUACAAAGUUUUAACGAUAUGUAGGUAAAUAUAUACAAUAUGUAAAUGCGUUUAUAUACAAAAACAAAUACUCAUGUUAUUACAAUUUUUUUUAAAAAUAAGAGAAAAUUAGUGAUUUAUUUAUUAAAAAGUUAAAAUGAGUCAGAAAAUUUUUAUAUUUAUGAUAUUGGUAUUGAAUCGAGAAACUGGUGUUAAUAAGGGUGAAGUUUAUGAUAUAGCAGAAUCAACAUUUAAUGAAGUGAAAGCUUUAUUUGAAGAUCAUUAUCGAAUUGAGGAACAUGAAACUAUAACACAAGAUGGUUAUAUAUUAAAAUUAUAUAGAAUACCACCAAAAUAUAAUGAUUCAAAUUUAUAUGAGAAUAAUACAACAAAAUCACCGAUAUACAUGCAUCAUGCAUUAGCAGUAGAUUCAUCAUCAUGGUUUUGGAGUAUACCAAAUGAUGUUGCUUUACCAUUAACAUUAUCUGAUGCCGGCUAUGAUGUAUGGCUAGGAAAUGCUCGUGGUAGUUAUUCUUCACGCAAACAUUCAAAAUUAAAUUAUAAAACUUCAAGAGAAUAUUGGGAUUUUACAUUUCAUGAAAUUGGUAUAUAUGAUUUACCAGCUGUUAUUGAUUAUAUUUUGAAGAAAACCAGUUCACAAAAAUUACACUAUAUUGGCCACUCACAAGGAACUGCAGCAUUUUUUGUAUUAGCAAGUGAAUUGACAAAGUAUAAUGAAAAAAUUUUAUCAUUUCAUGGUUUAACACCAACAGUGUUUAUGGAAAAUAUUGGUAGUUCUUACGUACAAUUUCUAUCAGAAAAAUUUGGUAAUACUAAUGGAUUAUACUAUGAAUCUUCUAGCAAACCACCACCUAUUAGUGUACAUAGAGCAUCUAGAUAUACGUCCCAAUUUUGUCAAAUUUUUUAUUAUAUGAAAUUUUGUACUUUAUUAUAUGGUCACAUAUUUGGAUCUAAUGGAUCACAUAUAAAUGAGGAAACUGCAAUAAAUAUUUUCAAAAAUACUCCACAAGGAACAUCACUUAAAAGUACUUUACACUUUUUUCAAAUGGUGCACACAGGACGAUUUCAAAAAUAUGAUUAUGGUGAAGAACUAAAUCAUAAAAUAUAUGGAAGAGCACAGCCAUCGAAUUAUGAUUUAAAGAAAAUUACAUGUCCAGUAUUUUUGUAUUAUUCCGAACACGAUUUAUUUAAUAGUUUUAAAGGAAAUAUUCGUUUAUCACAUACAUUGAGGCCCGAAACAUUAUACUUGAACUAUACAGUACCAUCAGAAUAUAAAUUUAAUCAUAUGGAUUUUAUUCACGGAAAAAUUGCUAGAAAAUUGAUAUUUGAAAAAAUACUGAGGGGUCUAGAACAUGUUGCCGAAAAAGAAUUAAAUUUAUUUUUAUAAAGUAUAUGUAUAUAAAUAACAACACGUGCACAUGCUUAUGUAAAUAUAGCCAACCAUGGUCAUCUGUGAUAUUAUUAAAAUUUCUUACAUAUUAUAUAGAUAAUAAUUGUUAAAAUCUAAAAAAAAAAAUUCUUAAAAAUAACUUAUAUUUCAUUGUGUAAAGUAGAAUUUCUGUUUAUGAAUCCUACGAAAAAGAUCUAAAAACUCAAAUUUAAAUUUAGAAAAUAUACUCAAUUUAUAAAUUAGAAUGAAAUUUGAUUUUAAAUUCAUUAUCCGUAAAAAUUAUGGUAUUAUCGUUUACAAAUAUGUUUAACCACUUCGAGAACAUAUUUUUUGCUAUCCAGAUGAUCUUUAUUUAGCAGUG